AUGACGGACGUCUUAGGUCAUUUCGUCGUCGAUGGGAACGAUGUUAUGGAAUUCAAAUUAGUGAGGUCUCCCAAAGAUAUUGAUAAUGAUGAGACAAGUUUUGGCCCCGAAAUGUGUCACCAAGUGUUUGGAGAGAAUGAGAAUAUUUUUGGUUAUACAGAUCUUCAAAUAAAAUUGUAUUAUAGUGCAGGAAGUCUUCUCACAUACUUAGGAGUUACAUAUUCAGAAAAGAUUGAUUCACAAAAAUUAGAAGGUUUAAAAGCUGAUGACAUAGAAGGUGAACUGAAGAAGGUGCUUGCGCCAGGAUAUUAUACAAAUUUGGAUCAGUUUGUAUCUGCUCUUGAGAAGGAUAAAGUAUUCAUACCUCAUGGAAAACUAUUGCACUCAUUUUCUGUUGAACCAAAUGAUGGUGGUGACAAACGCACAUUUGAAGUAUACUACUGUGAAACUUCUACACCCGGUUUUCUCAAUUUCCAUAAACGCCUACAGACAUUCCUUCUGUGGUAUGUUGAUGCAGCUUCCUUUAUUGAUGUUGAUGAUGAUCAAUGGACAUUCUUUACAAUGUUUGAGAAACUCCAAACAAGUGAAGGCAGUAAUCGUUAUGCAACAGCUGCAUACGCAACAGUGUACCGCUACUACGCAUAUCCCUGUCACCUGCGUCCGCGCAUCUCACAAGUUCUAACUCUACCGCCCUUUAGAAAACUAGGCUUGUGUGCACAUUUAGUUCAGACAAUAUACUCACAUUUUACUAUUAUGCCGGAAGUCUUAGACAUAACUGUAGAGGAUCCUUCUCAGGAGUUUCAAAGGAUCCGAGAUUACGUAGACGCUAAGAAUUGUGAAAAACUACCUUCGUUUCAACUAGAAAAUCUACUAAAAGGGUUCUCAUCAGAAAUGGCCAAUCAGGCGCGUAGUAAAUACAAGAUAAACAAAAGACAAGCGCGUCGAGUCUACGAAAUACUGCGUUUGAAGAAUACAAACACAUCAGACAAGGCUGCCUAUUUACAGUAUAGAUUAGAUGUUAAGAACAGGCUCAAUGCACCAUUUCAGAAGAAAAAGUUGGAAAUGAAGAAGCUGGAGAAAGUUCUGAAACCAAACGAAUUUGCGGCCACCAUAACUACGACAGGUGUGAGCGAGACGCACAAUCGCCUCAUUUUAAUUUUUAGAUUUAUGUCUGUAGUGAUGAACAUCUUCAGAAUAAAAGAGAUUGUAAAAACAUAUCCCAUCCCGAAUUUAUUUUAUAUUAUAAUUUUCUUAUGA